AUGGCUCAGAGCAACACCAUCACCGUCACCUUGCGACAAAUCGCCAAAAUGAUUGAUCACUCCCUGUUGCACCCAACAAUGACAGAUGCAGACAUCCUGGAAGGCCUUCGUAUUUCCAAGGAGAACGGCGUCGCCACCGCAUGUGUCAAGCCAUACCCCAUUCCCCUCGCCAAGAAAGCACUCGAAGGCACAGAUGUUCUCGUCUGCCCUGUGAUCGGCUUCCCUCAUGGCAACAGCACCACCGAUGUGAAAGUAUUUGAAGCGAAUGCCGCUGCUGCUGCAGGUGGACGCGAAGUCGAUAUGCUCAUCAACAUCGGCAAAGCCCUCGGCGGUGAUUGGGAGUAUGUCGCCAACGAGAUCCGCCAGAUCAACUCCGCCGUCAUCAAUCACGGAUCUAUCUUGAAGGUCAUCUUCGAGAACGACUAUUUGCAGGAAAGCCACAUCAUUCGCCUGUGUCAGAUCUGCUCUGAAAUCGGAGUUGCGUUCGUCAAAACCUCUUCGGGAUAUGGAUUUGUCAAGCAACCCAACGGAAUGUACAAUUACAAGGGUGCUACUGUCCCUCAUUUGAAGCUUAUGAGGGAACACUCCAAGCCGGAGGUUCAGGUCAAAGCAGCUGGAGGCGUGAGAACACUCGAUGAUCUUCUUCAUGUCAUGUCUCUGGGUGUCACUCGCAUCGGUGCCACUGCUACUGUUGCCAUCAUGGAAGCUGCAAAGAAGCGCGGCAUCACUGAUCAACCAACAGAAGUCACCUUCAAGCCUAUUGAAGGUGAGAGAACUGGAGGCUAUUAA